AUGACAGGAGCUUUUAGACAACGGAUCCCCUGGAUUGAUUACCUUGGUCUUUUCACUGCGUAUAUCGGCGUUUACGCCGAAUUGAUUUUUCGUGUAUUUAUUUACUUGAUCCCAGACCGAAUUCGAGAAUGGGGACGAAGAAGAGUUAUUCGUAUUUACCAUUAUUACAUUACCACGAAAACAACUGAUGGUAUGACUGAUACCAUCCAAAAGUGCAGAAAUAUUUACGAGAUUUGUGAAGCUUUUGGAUACAAAGCAGAGGAGCACUUGUUGCGCACCGAGGACAACUUUAUUCUUUGCUUACAUCGGAUUACCCAUCCUUCCAAAAAAAGAACCAAAAAACGAGGUGUCGUGUACUGCCACCACGGGCUCAUGACAAACUCUGAUCUUUGGGUGGCAGUCAACGAACCAGAACGGAAUCUACCUUUCGUUUUGGUUGACAAUGGCUAUGAUGUUUGGCUUGGAAACAAUAGAGGAAACAAGUAUAGCAGGAAACACGUUAUAUACAAGCCCAAGGAUGAAGAGUUUUGGAAUUUUUCCUUAGAUGAUAUGGCUAUGUUUGACAUCCCUAACACAGUCGAUUAUAUACUUCAUGAGACUGGGGAAGAGAAACUUAGCUAUAUUGGAUUUUCUCAAGGUACCGCUCAGGCAUUCGCCUCAUUAAGUUUAAACAACUCUUUAAACAACAAAGUCAACAUUUUCAUCGCCCUAGCUCCUGCCUUUACUCCUAGGGGAUUUUCAAAUCAUCUAGUUGAUUAUUUAGUAAAAGCAAACCCAAAAAUUAUGUAUAAUCUUUUUGGUAGGCGAUCACUUUUUCCCUCUGUGACAUUCUGGCAAAAUAUAUGUUAUCCUCCUAUCUUUGUUAAAGUUGUGGACUUCUCUCUCAAAUUGCUUUUCGAUUGGGAUUUAAAAAACAUUUCAGCAAAUCAAAAGCUAUGUGGUUACGCUCAUUUGUAUUCGUUUUCCAGUGUCAAAAGCUGUGUUCACUGGCUUCAGAUUAUCAAAAAUUGCACAUUUCAGCUAUACGAUGAUGAUUUAGCAGUCAUAACUGGCUAUACAGCUCGCCAUUAUCAAGUGCCUCUGUUUCCUACCAGUAAUAUUAAGUGUCCGAUUCUACUUUUAUGGGGCGGAAAAGACACACUUAUUAACAUGGAAUACAUGCGUACUGCGCUUCCACCCCAAGCGCAGGAAAUAGAGAUUGAACACUACGAACACUUGGACUUCCUUUGGGCUGAUGAUGUGAAGGAACAAGUAAUUCCAAAAGUUCUUGAAGCGCUUCCUAACUAG